CAAGGUGGUGACUUAUUCUUUUGUUAAUAAUCUCAGCCAUGCCCCUGCUUUCUUUACGACAUUUCAUUCCUACUACUACCCUUACGUCGUCGUUUCACUCUCAUCUUUUCCUAAAUCGCUGUUUUCUCCUCCGUUUCUCUUCCAAUAAGAUUUCACUACCCAUGGCUGAAACAAGUAACGACACUGCAAAUUCAUCAUCACCACCAGAAUCACAGCCACGAAGUGGAGACAUGGAUGCAAAUGAUAAAAAGAAACCAAAGAGUUCACUCCUUGAGUUCAUAUCUAGUUGUAAUCAUUUACCUUCUCCAACAACCAGUACUGAUUAUGAACAAAGUAAAUUCAAGAGGAGAAAUCGCGUCGACUUAGAAAUGGGACAACGCAAUAGGAAUAACUAUAGUGAAUCUAGUUUUCGUUCCAGUUUUGAGGAUAAUAGUAAUAUAUCACCAACAAAAACAUUGUCAGUGACGAAAAAGUUCAAAAGCCACCAUAAUGAUUCACCUCAUCGAAGUCAUUUUUUGAAGACGGGUGAUACUGCAUCAGCCGAUAGGCGAUAUAAUAAAAGGCAAAGAAAAUUUAACUAUGACAUCUGCUCUCGCGGUAAGAGAAAAUCUACAUUGACAGGAGCUACACCGCUAGAAGAGAACAAGGAAAACUGCAUUGAAUUUGAGAUGCAGGAGGAAGGAACAAAUGAAGGGAUACUGAGGCCAGGGAUGGUUCUCCUCAAACAUCACUUAACACAUCAUGAACAGGUAGAAAUAGUGAAAAGUUGUCGUGAUCUCGGUCUCGGUCCUGGAGGAUUCUAUCAACCAGGCUAUGCAGAUGGAGCCAAACUUAGAUUGAUGAUGAUGUGUCUUGGUAUGGACUGGGAUCCUCAAACAAGAAAUUAUGGAUAUAAAAGGGUAAUUGAUGGUAGCAAGCCACCAAGUAUUCCUCCUCACUUUAGUAAGUUGGUUACAAGAGCUAUACAAGAAGCACGUCAGCUAUGUAAUCGGGAAUGCGGUAUAACCUAUGUGGAGGAUAUACUACCUUCAAUGACUCCUGAUAUAUGCAUUGUCAAUUUUUAUUCAACUACUGGAAGGCUUGGUCUUCAUCAGGAUCGUGAUGAAAGCGUAGAAAGUCUUCAAAAAGGGUUGCCAGUUGUAUCCUUCUCUAUUGGUGAUUCAGCAGAAUUUCUUUAUGGAGAUCAAAGGGAUGCUGAGAAGGCGGAGAAUGUACUUCUAGAAUCAGGAGAUGUUCUUAUAUUUGGGGGUGAUUCUCGACAUGUCUACCAUGGUGUCUCAUCUAUCAUACCAAAUUCAACACCAGAGGAAUUGGUUCAAGAUACCGGCCUUUGUCCUGGUCGCCUCAAUCUUACAUUUAGACAGUAUUGACAGCUCCUUUUAUGUAGGUUCAGAAUCCAAGACAUCCUACUCAACUUUUUCAGAUAGUUGAGAUUCCAAAUCUACGAGAAGAGUGUUAUAAAACUUACGUUGUACAGUUGGUAGAGGUGCUUAUCCUGUAGGGAAUUCUAACACCACAUUUUCCUGGGAGAGUGGCAACAUUGUUGGCGUUCAAACCAGGAAUGGAAUCAGCAGCACCUUUCAAGCAGUUGCAAGCGGCCUCUUAGGGCCGGGGUAGUUUGGGCCGCUGCGUUAAGUCUUUUCACUCCACCACAGCAUUAUGGUGAUGGACCAGGACCGCCCUUAAGAUAAGAAAUGCAUGGGACAAGGGAGCCAGUUACUGCUCCGCAUGAGACUGCAGCCUCUGCCAUUGGUGCAGUAAUAACCACCAUGCAGAUCAAUGCAACCAUACCAGAAAUUCUCAUGCUUUGCCAUUGCUUCUCUAGAGAAUGGUUUGAAAUAGAAAUAUUGCAAUUUGCUUUUGCUUUGCUUGGUGAGUAUGAGUGAUUCAAGGUGUGGGUUUAUAUAGAACUUAAGAGAGGUGAUUUUCCGUAUGCGUUUGGUUUCAAAUCAAAUCUUUUGAAAUUGGUUUAAUUAAAUCAAAUAUAUUUUAAAUAAUAUUAAAUGAAAGUCUAUUUUCUCACUCCGGCAGCUAAUGCCUACCACCCUCUUGCCAUUAUUAUAAGUUUGAGUUAUCGAAUAAUUGAUGUAUUCGGUCUAUAUAUAACAUCAAAUACAUCAAUUAUUCAAUUUAGUGAAUUUUUUCCUUAUAAUACUAAUGAGAGAGUCAACAUUUUGAUUACGAAGUUAUCAUUAUAUCUCUCAUUUGAAACAUUAUUUGAGUGAAUAGAUAAAUUGGUCUUCAAAACGGUUAGUAUUGGGCAAUAUUGAGAGAGUUGACUGAAAAUCCGCUUCAGCAUACAAUUUUCACAAUAUUUUGCAAUUUAGGAGACCUUCUGUAUCAGAUCGGCUCUCGACCUGAAUAGAUGAAUUGGAGAGGAUGUCAAGGAGAUUCACUUGCCCAAGGAACCACUCGACAAUGUUGAACAAUGAAAAAGUUAUGCACUUCUAAACUCGAACCGUGAAAUAUCGACUUUCGGGUCAAACUGUUUUGAAUCAAUUGAAACGUUGCAAUCUGAGGCAUGUUGGAACACACGAGAGCUUGUCAUGAUAAGGACUUGAUGAAUCACUGGCUAAGUAGCCUAGAGAAAUGCGUCGAGCGCAUUUCAACCCCGAAAUCCUGAGUUCACGCUUCACUGUUGGAAGAAACAGCAGAAUCAAACUUUACCGUUACAAACACUUUGGCCACUGAAAGUCCUGAUGUUUCUUGCAUUGAUCAAAAGAAUAAGGAUAAGGGAUCCUCCUUGCAUUGAUUGACGAAGCCACUGAGCACCAAAGUACCUUGAUCCCAUCUCAAUGUAUGAAUGCAUAUGAUAAUGAAACCCAAACCAAUUAAUGUUAAAAGAAGAUGGCAAAUUUUGGGGUGCAACACAACCCAACACCAUACUCGAAAGAAGAAAUUGAUGACAUUUGAUCAUGUUGGGCCAG